CACAUUCUCCUGGGAUAUUAUCGACGAAAUGCUCAAGGUUACAGUUCUGUGCGUUGUGGCGGCGGUGGCUGCCGGUCUCCCACAGCGAUAUGGACCCCCUCCUGGCAGUGCGCCGGGGGGAAUCUCAAGCGCCUUUGGCCAGCCGAUACGGCCUUCGCCCGGAAGUACUUCCGGAGGAAUCUCAAGUGCCUUUGGCCAGGGAACACUGCCUUCGCCCGGAAGUGCUCCCGGAGGCAUCGUGAGCUCCUUCCGACCUCCAAGCCCGUCACAAGGACCUCCUCCCGGAAGCGCUCCCGGUGGAAUUUCCUCCUCCUUCGGGGCCUCUGCACCACCGGUGCCUAUCCUCGAGGACCAACGUGAAGGACCUGACCAAUUUGGAAAUUAUAAGUUCAACUUUGAGACUGGCAACGGAAUUAGUCGCAACGAAGUGGGUUCUCCCCAGGGGGAGACCGGCGCCGUGGCGUCACAAGGAGGCUGGUCAUUUACCUUCCCCGAUGGAACGCCUGCUGUGUUCACGUUUGUCGCCGACGCGAAUGGCUACCGCGUCGAGUCCGACCUGCUGCCCACGCCCCCUCCCCUCCCUGCCCACGCCAUCGCCCAGAUCGAGAAGGCUCGUCAGGAGGACGCAGCGGCUGCCUCCGGCGGCCGGCCCUCGCUCGUCCCGCAGCACCGCCCUGCCUACUCCGGCGUCAACUGAAGGGGAUUCUAGCAGUGUGAUUCGUGAAGAUGCAGUUUUUUCUUUGUUUUAUUUUCUGUUAUUAUGUAGUUAGUGAAUAGACUGAGUAAAGUAUUAUGGUAAAA